UUUUAUCGAAGGCCGUUCAAGGUGACCAAAGAAGGGUAUUUUAACGCGCUGAAAUGACAACUUGAAUAUUUUUGAUACAAAGUCACGAUAGGAAAGGAAACUCUGGCAAGUAUGAUGUCGUUAAGAGCGGGGAGGCAUGUUUUGAGUGCCUUUAAACCUGUAAACGUGUCAUUACUCCGACGUUUUCUUCACACGUCGAAACCAACUUCAACUUUUGCCAAAGAUCUGUUUCUGGGACGUUGUAAUAAGGAGAAAGUUUUCCCAUAUCCAGAUCCAUUGAAUGAAGAACAGCGAGAAACACUCAACAUGCUUGUUGAACCUGUUGAAAAGUAUUUUGUAGAGAAAGUUGAUUCUGCUCAUAUUGACAAAACAGCUAAAAUUCCUGAAGAAGUUAUGGGAGGACUGAAAGAACUUGGUUUGUUUGGUCUUCUUAUCCCUGAAGAGUAUGGUGGCCUUGGUCUUCUGAACACAAACUAUGCCCGUGUUUGUGAAGCUUUCUCUGAUGCAAGUAUUGCUGUGACAUUGAUGGCACAUCAGUCAAUUGGUCUGAAGGGAAUUCUUCUUCUUGGGACUGAGGAGCAAAAGCAGAAAUAUUUACCAAGACUAGCAUCUGGUGAACACAUGGCUGCAUUUUGUCUCACAGAACCCUCAAGUGGAAGUGAUGCAGCAUCAAUCCAGACCAAAGCAACUUUAAGUGAAGAUGGCAAACACUUUCUUCUCAAUGGUUCAAAGAUUUGGAUCUCUAAUGGAGGAUGGGCUGAUGUUAUGACUGUCUUUGCUAGGACUACUCAUACCAAUGACAAGGGUGAACAGCAAGACAAAAUAACUGCUUUUAUUGUGGAAAGGGCUUUUGGAGGUGUGACAAGUGGAAAACCAGAAGAUAAACUUGGAAUUAGAGGCUCAAAUACAUGUGAACUUCAUUUUGACAACACUCCCAUUCCUAUUGAAAAUGUCCUUGGAACUGUCGGUGGAGGAUUUAAGGUUGCUAUGAAUGUCUUGAACAGUGGCAGGUUUGGUAUUGGAGCAUGCGCUGCUGGUGGACUGAGAGGGCUGAUAGGUGCAGCUGCAGAACAUGCCACAACAAGAAAACAAUUCAACAGGACUUUAUCAGAAUUUGGACAGAUUCAGGAAAAGUUUGCACGUAUGGCGUUGAAACAAUAUACAAUUGAAUCCAUGGCAUACCUGACAACUGGGAUGUUGGACAGUGGAGAGGAAGAUGCGUCUGUGGAGGCUGCCAUGUGCAAGGUGUACGGUUCAGAGGGUCUCUGGACAGGGGUUAAUGAAGCAUUGCAGAUCUUAGGAGGCCUUGGGUAUAUGAAAGAAUAUCCUUAUGAAAGAGUCAUGAGGGACUCAAGAAUCUUGUUGAUAUUUGAGGGAACAAACGAAAUCCUUAGAAUGUACAUAGCUCUUGCAGGAAUGCAGCAUGCUGGAAAACACUUGCAAGAAGUAUUAAAAUACCUAAAGAACCCUUUUGGAAACGUUGAAUUCAUGACGGACUUCUUGAAAAAGAGAGCUCUCUAUGCCUUAGGACUAAAAGGAAACCUGCAGGGAAUUGCCAAUGUUUCACACCCACAAUUGGCGGACAGCGUCAAAAAAUUGGAGGAGAAUAUCGCUGACUUUGGAAGGAUAUCUGAAAACUUGCUUUCCAAAUUUGGAAAGAAUAUCAUCGAGGAGCAAUUUUUGCUGAAAAGAAUGGCAGAUGUAGCCAUUAACUUGUAUGGUAUGACGGCUGUAAUUUCCAGGGCAACUAGGUCUAUCAACCGGGGCUCACCGAGCGCCAGUCACGAGGCACUUCUCGUAGAUACAAUAUGCAAAGAAAAAUAUCAUGCCAACAACACUCUCCUCAAAGAAGUCAAAUCAGGCACGAAGAGUAAUGGAGACGAACAACUUAAGAAGAUUGCGGAGGAAAUUUUCAAAAGUGGUGGUACUGUGACACCACAUGCUCUAACUGUCUGAAGACCCUAUAAUUUAUCCGAGAUGUAAAUAAUUAUGUAAAUAAAUUAAAUGAAAGUUUUAAACCGGAACGAAGAUAAACUCGAAGACAAACGAAAGAGACCCAUUGCAGGCCUAUGAAAAUAAAUUCGAACUCGAGGGCACAGUAAUAAGAAAUGAUCAUCAUUUCACUAAGGUAUAAAUUUCUUUUCGUUAGCCCUGCUGCCGAGCUAAUAUUUUUCAGGUAUGAUGGGGAACUCUUUGUCAAUGAAUUGAAUGUUAUUUCUGCUCCCUUAAAAUACUUUUUUACAUCAUAAUCCUUAAACUCCCAAGAUCUGCUUGUUAAUUCUCCUCUCUAGCUGCUACACAUUUCCUUGUGAAUGAGUUUCGAGAAUUUGGAGGUAGAUCAAUAUUACAACUUGUACCUGAUAAGUUUGAGUUUUCUCAUUACCUGUUUACAGGAUAAUGUAUGGAUACUGUGCGGAGAAGUUGCAUGUUGAUCAAUUCUGGGAGACAAAGGGUUAAGGUGUCACAGGCAAGAAAUUAACGUUAUGUUAAAUUUCACAGCAAUCGACCACGUUUUAAAUUGUUUUAAUUCUGCUGAGCUCUAUUUUUACUUUCAGAACUUAUUUUUUUUUUGUUACCAACUCUUACUAUUCUUAACAACUUUACUGCAUGUUAUGUUCAUGCAAGAUAACAUGAGCAAUCGAAAUAAA